AUUAUGUUUUGUUUUUCAGGCGUACUGUAACAGAGAUCAGAUGCCUUGAGCAUACUUAGACGUUCUGGUCAGUCUUGCCUUAGCUGUUGGCGGUGACGUUAUCACCAUGCAUCAGAAGCUUUUGAAGAGUGCCCAUUACAUCGAACUAGGAAGCUACCAGUACUGGCCUGUUCUGGUACCUCGGGGAAUCCGUUUGUAUACCUAUGAGCAGAUUCCUGUGUUCCUUAAGGAUAAUCCAUAUAUUACAGAUGGCUACAGGGCUUAUCUUCCUUCUAGGCUGUGUUUAAAAAGUCUGUUCAUUUUAUCCAAUGAGUCAGUAAACAUCUGGAGUCACUUACUGGGCUUUUUCCUUUUCUUCACUCUGGGCAUAUAUGACAUGACUUCUGUAUUACCUUCAGCGAGUGCCUCUAGAGAAGAUUUUGUUAUCUGUUCUAUUUGCCUCUUCUGCUUCCAAGUCUGUAUGCUUUGCUCAGUAGGAUAUCAUCUUUUCUGCUGUCAUCGUUCAGAGAAGACUAGCCGCCGAUGGAUGGCAUUAGAUUACGCAGGAAUUUCCAUUGGGAUCCUGGGCUGCUACGUAUCAGGAGUGUUUUAUGCAUUUUACUGUAAUAAUUACUGGCGCCAGAUAUACUUGAUCACUGUGCUUGCUAUGAUCCUUGCAGUAUUCUUUGCUCAGAUUCAUCCCAGCUACCUCACUCAACAGUGGCACAGACUGCGCUCCGUCAUCUUUUGCUCUGUCUCUGGCUACGGCGUCAUUCCUACUAUCCACUGGGUUUGGCUCAAUGGAGGAGUCAGUGCAUCUAUUGUGCAGGAGUUUGCUCCCCGGGUAAUUGUGAUGUACUUGAUUGCUGCUGUAGCUUUUCUCUUUUACAUUUCCAAAGUUCCAGAAAGAUACUUCCCAGGGCAAUUAAACUACCUCGGCUCUAGUCACCAAGUCUGGCAUAUCCUUGCAGUACUAAUGUUGUAUUGGUGGCAUCAAUCUACAGUAUAUAUCAUGCAAUACAGACACAGCAAGCCCUGUCCUGACUACAUUACACAUUUAUGAACAAAGAGUUCUCUUACUACAACAGAAGUUCUGACUUUGAAUGUCUAGUCCUUAGUUGCAUGCUGAAUUCCGAAGUUUUAUACUGAGGCAGCUGCUCUCUUACCUUCUGGACUGUGGUUCCACUUUUUGGGACGGCAAUCAAUGGACAGUUUUGGGACAACCACUGCGUAGGUCUUCACAUGAUUCGUAUUCACCUCAACCACUAUACAUUCUGCAGCAAAACAGAGAACAACUGUGCAGGUCUUCCUAUAGCGAGGUGAUGUGAUCCGACCAUAUAAAAAACAGGAUAUGAAUCAUUACAUUCCUCAUUCUGGCUGGUAAGACAUGAAAAGCAGCAGUGUGUACUCUUGGGGAAUAUCAAAUGAUGCUCCUUGAUUUGAACCUCGCUUUCAGACUUCAUUAAAGAAUGUACUGAAGAAACUUGCUCUAAACAACAUACUUCUAAAGUUCCUAUCAAAAACUGCUUAGUGGGACCUGAUCUUAGAUCUUUUCAAAUCCAUAUAAUGUAGUGUACUUAUAGACUUACUAAGUGUUGUGUUCAUGCUAUGCUAUUGCUGUUGUAUUUAAAUCUGAAUUCAAUGGAGGUUUUCUUUUUCUUUCUGAAAGAUCAAAAUGGAUGCUCUCCCUCCACUCUGUUUCAUCAUCAGUAACUUUAAAAUUAAUUACUAAUUUGUAUCUUUCAGGUUUCUCUCCAGCACUUGUGACUUCUAUGCUUUUCAAAAUUUUACUCUAGAAAUACUAUAUCGAGACUAUCAAGCAACUGUAGGCAACUGUAAGCUUUAGUUUAUUAACCAAUUGUGGUCAAUAGACUGUAACACUACACUUAAUGUACAUUGCAGAAGUUUACACUAGCAAUUGGAUCUGUAUUAGGCAGCUAUAAAUAUUCCAAAGUAACUGUCUACAAAAAUAAUCCAGAUCUAGAGAGAAAAUAAGGUCUUUGAUUAAUGAACAAUGUAUCAGUGUGCUUUCAAGCGCUGUGUAGUCUCUUAUUUAAAUGUCUGUUGCCGUAAGUUUUCUGUAGUUAAAGGAGAUGCAGUAUUUGCCACUGGAUUAGUCUCCCCUAGUUUGAAUCCUGAUUUUAAAAAAUUGCAGUUUAUUUUAAAUUUAUUUUGCCUUGAAAAACUUUUAAAAAGUAAUCCUUCAGGUGAAUACAGAAAGUGUCUAGAUUUCUGCAUGACAACAAGAUACCUUAAAUGCCUGAACAGUUGUGUUGGUCUGCUGCAGGGAUUGAAAGGUUUUCAUGUUCUGAUACAGUCGGCCAACAUAUAUGGUCUCUGAAGUUGGUUAGAAUCUCUUGUUAUUAUAUGGAAUUAAAGUCAAAUAGCUUCUGGGGGAGGGGGAGAGGGGAAUUGCUUGUGUUUACAUGAACAGUUGCAUUAAAUGCUUCUGGUUAAUGUGAUAUUAGAAUCAGUGUUAAACCUCUUAUAGGUUUCUUCUAUAGCAGUUAGUAUGUUGGAGGAGCAGUAGCAGUCCAAUGUGAGACAGACCUGUGUGUUGAUGGGAUGAUGUGAUAAAGGACAUGGCCCUGUGACAGGAACCGGCUUCCUUCAGAAUUAUGCUGAAGUCCCUGCUUUGGGAAUGACUAUCCAGGGUCAUGCUUAGAAUCAAUAGAAACAUUCAGCCUAAUGACUGAAAGUGCCGGCUACGUGUUUGGCUGCAACUUUUCUUGGUCAUCUGCAUAGCCACUGAACGGGGCCUUGAAGUAAACCACCUUGGUCAGAGAAAAGGGUGUUAUCACCAGUCAGUGGGCUAAAAGGAAAUGUCUGCUGGAAUGCCUAAGCUGCGUAAUGUACACAAACUAUCGGAAGCCUUUCUUAAAUACGGGCCCUAUCGAAUAGGUUGGGGGAGAAGGGAGCCAAACGAAGAAACAAGUUCUUAGAUUUGUUUCCCCCUUUUGUCUUAUUUUGCUCUUAGCUUUAAGAAGCUAAGCAUGUUUUUUUAAUACUUGUGCAAUUAAAUUAUUUGGUAACUAGAGAUGUAAAAUCCCAGGUAAUCAGGUAACCGGUUAAAUGUUAGGCCGGGCCUAACUGGUUAACCAACUAAAGCAGGAUCUCGGGUUGGGGAGCAACCCAUAGCAAACAGGUCCCCAUUGAGGGUGAUGCUUACAGGUUAACCAGGUAACCUGUUAACCUUUCACACCCCUGUUAGUAACAGAGGUAAGUACUACUUUUUUCAACUUCAAAGGAGAUCUUUGGCCAUGCCUAUGUUGUGGAUGGAGAUGGUGACUUAUUACAAUGGUACCACUAUUGUAAAGCCUUUGAACAUUUACUUAUGCUUGUGACUAAGAAUUCUGGACUCUGGAACUUUUGUAGUAGUAUGUUUGCCUACGUUUUGUAAAAUUGUAGAUUGUUAAUGAGUCUAACCACGUGGAGUUCCUUUGCGUUCUAGACAAAAUUAGUUUUAAAAUGACUUUUGUUAGCAUUUAAAAAUACUGAUGGAUUGCCUCCCAAACCUCUGAGCCUUUCAAUGCAAACACCUGACCUUAUUUAUUUGUUUUAACUUGUUGCAAAACAAGGGAAGUGCACUAAGAAUUACUACUGAAGCCUGACUUUUGCAAAUGAAAAAGCCUGCUCUAACAAAGUUAUGUAAAAUUUAAACAACCUGCAAUUGUCUGAGUUGGUGGCUGCAUUUUGAUGUCUUUAGUUUGCUAGUUUGUUUUUUAAAAACUAAUUAUUUUUAUAUAAAAAUUGUAGCAUUUUUCAACCACUGGAUACGGAAAUCCAAAGUCUUGGUGUGUUUCAUUUACAUGGAGUGUAAUUUAUCAAGCUGCAUGACUAAAUGUGUAUUAUGUAAAUACCUAUGCUGUAAAUAAAUGUGAGUUUACUGAAUGUGUACAUAAAAACUAGUGCGUCACUGAACAGUAUUAUAUACUAGAGUACAUAAUAGUGAAUGCUACUCUCCCCUGCCAAAACCUCCAGUUUUCUCCAAUGCUACUUUCUACAUUGCAAUUGGGCUUCUUAAACUGAAAACGAGGGUGUUAAAUUAAAACAGAAUAGCAGACCAGAUGACAGGGAUACUGUUCUAGUUGCCUUAUGUAUCUACCACCUCAUAUUAAAAUAUUUACAUGAAAACUGUUACAAUUUCCAAGCUGCUGCCCCACACUUCUAAUGAACUCGAUGGUCUGAACUACAGCAUUAAGAUCCAGUUUGCUCCAGAAUAGACAAAGCCUUGGUUGAGCCACAUGAACCCUAAUCAUUUCACUUUUAUGAAAACAUCCCACUUUUUGCUUUCCUCCCCCUUCUGUGCCUCUCUCCUGACCCCAGUAUUUCCUAAAGUUCUCUUGGACCAAGCAAAACU